CCAAACAAACCCUUUCGCCCACCUUCGUCCUCAAACUUCCGUUUCCUUAGACCGCUUCUUCUUCAAUCUCCCUGUCACUGAGCGGGAGGAUGGAGAAGAACGAUGCCGAGGAGCUCACCGUCAAAGCUAUGGAGUCAAAUCUGAAACCUACCAGAAGCAAAACCUCCAAUUCCAGAGAAGAAGGAGAAGUAUCUUCCUCCGACAACGACACACAAACACAUGGCGUUCAUCAUGUUCGUUCUGCUAUGCCUGCUUCGGUCACAUCACCAAUAUCAUCCAUUCUUCCUCCGAAGAAUAAAUGUAACGCAGGGAUCCAGGCGGUUUCUGCUGAUGUUUGCCCAAAAACAUCCAUACAAACUACUAUUCAGAAGAUAUGUGAUAACGAUCAAAUUGUACAUAAAGCUAUUACUCCUUGGGUUGCUUCCAGAGAUGCCAAUGCAAAUCUUGUGAUAAGCUUCUCAGAUGAUAGUGGCAGUGACAUGGACGAACGCAGUAAAGAAAAAACUUCAAAAUCUCGUAGUAAUGCUGUUGGAGAUUUUAAACCUCCAACUUUAUUACUUGAUAAAUCGAAUAAGUUACGCAGUAUGACAAGGAACAAAGUAGUGGCAAACAAAUUUUCUUCAAGUCAAUCAUUUAUCACUUCAAAGACAAUGACUCAGAGAGCAUGUUCCAAGGGUGCUGCAGGGCCCUCGUUCGUUGAACAAGGAUCUAGAAUCAGAGCUUUCAGUGGAAACCUACCGAGUCAAGGGCAUCGAAAUGAUCAAGGAAUGAAUUUAAAGAGUAGUAAGCUGCAGGAUUUGCGGGAGCAGAUAGCCAUUUGGGAAAGCAAACUGAAGCUCAAGUCUGCCCAACAGAACAAGGAGAUCAUUUCAGCUACAAACCAGGAUUAUAUUGUCACAAAUUCAAAAUCUGAUUUAGGUAGGAAAGGGAAUGCUACCAUCUCUCAGUUUCCUCCAUCAGGGCCUACACAACCAGAUGCAAAGCGCAUGAAAACCAUUGGUUCUUAUUCUACCAAGCUGAGUUUAAGUGGGCAGCAUAUACGUGCAACAAAUGCUGUAAAAUCUGUUUUUCGGCCACAAGAGCCUGGAGAAGAGACACAGAACAUUAAAGUCACUUAUAACCAGAAAGGGAAUUCUAUGAAUAGAGAUGAGUUCAUUGCGUUGAAGCAGAAGAAGGAAGAUAUCAAGCAUGUGGCUGCUUCACCAUCACCUGGAAGUGACCUUGGCAAAGUACAUGAUGGUACUGACAUUGUUGCUAAUGGCAAUCAAUCAGAUUGGAUUAGUAAGCAGGUGGAUCCUCACCCUCUUGUUGUCUUAGGUCAAGCUUCGGUUCUCCCAAAUACUGCAUCCAAUGUCCAAACUCUGUUUGAUAAUGGUGAGUUUCACAGUCCAAAUGAUGGCCUUCAACAAUCUGCCUCAACUGCAAAUUUUUCUGAAGGAACAUGCCCUCAAUCAGCAUCCAAUGUCAAGAUACCAGAGUCAUUCAGUAAUUUCUUUAAGUCGUUGAUCAACAGUAAAAACACUGGGACUGCAUUUGGUAAUCCUUCAAGUUGCUUGGGCUUCAGCAAUGUUGAUCUCGAAUCACUAUUUGAAAUGGAGGAGUUGCUAGACAAGGAUCUGGAAGAAGCACAAGAUUUCAGGCACAGAUGUGAAGUUGAAGAAAGAAAUGCUUUCAAAAUUUAUUCUAGAGCUCAAAGGGCUUUGAUUGAGGCUAACUCUAGAUGUCUUGAUCUUUAUCACAAGAGAGAGCUAUUUUCAGCUCAUUUUCACUCAUUUUGCAUGAAUAAUCCUGGUUUAGUUAGUUCCUCAAGACAGCAAGAAAACAUGAAAAUUGGUGUGGAUCACUCAAAUAGUAUGUCUGGAAAUGAAAAUAGAGCUUCUCCUUUGUAUCAGAAGCAUUCUGAAUAUAACAGUUUUACUCAGCUACGGAAUGAUUUAAAUAUGCAACAUGAAAAUGCUAGUCUCAUCAAUACUUCGAUCCUGCAUGAAAAUAGACAAAAUUUGGGGUCUGAGCCUGAAUCCUGUUCUGACUUAUGUGGUAUUACAUUGAAUCCAGUGCCUUCUAAGGGCAAGAAUAUUGCAGACAGAAUUUGCUCCCCAUCCAUUGAGCCAAACGUUUCAGUGGAUGGAGAUGAAGAGUCAUUUCAUUCUGACCAUGAAAUGAUUGAUUCGUAUGAUGAAUGCUACAUAGGAAAGAAACGCUUUGAAGAUGAUCAAAUGGAGGCAUGCAAUAUGUCGAAGAAAAACCACUAUGAUGAUAACACUGAGGAUUCUUUGCGUCUUGAAGCAAAAUUAAGGUCUGAACUAUUUGCACGUCUAGGAACAAGAAAUUCGUCACAGACUUGUAAUCCAUGCCAUAACAUUCAGACUUCAGCGGAAAAGGGGGCUGAAAAAGAUGCCAGAGAUGAUAAAACUCAGCAAAAUUAUACAGAACCUACAGUAAGACAAGCAGUUGGAAAUGACAUUGACAAGACCAAGAGUGCUUUAUUAUCAGGAAAGAGAGAUCAAAAGUUUGGUUUUGGAGGCACAGACAGAUGCAAGACCCCAGAUGACAUCCGUAGCCAUUGUAAUUUUGAGAACUUUCCAUUAGAAACUCAUGACGUUGCAGACUCUGAUGUCAAUGAACCAUCCAAUAGAGAAGGUCCUUGCUCUUAUUUUAGUUAUGCACCUCUGACUUUGAAUAGUGUUUUGCAACAUAUGAAGGCCGUAUCUUCAGUUAGUACAGAAGUCUUGCUCAGUAGAACCCGAGAGAGUCUCUCUAAUCUUGGUUUGCCUGAGGAAGGGGAUUUGCUAGAAGGAGAUAGAAUCCACUGGAGAAAAUUAGAAGAGAACCAUGUACCUGAUACCGUCAGUUGUAUGUUUCAGAGUGAUGGCUCCUAUACUGAUGAUCUUUCCAUUGAUCCAUCUUGGCCACUUUGCAUGUAUGAACUCCGUGGAAAAUGCAACAAUGACGAAUGUCCUUGGCAACACGUGAAGGACUCCUCUUUAUCCAAUAGGAGGCCAUGUCAGGAUAGCCAGAGCAACUAUUCUGAUUCUUGCAAUGGACUAUUGUUUUCUUCAGAUGAAACAAAAGUCUUCAAGUAUGAAGACCUUAUGACUCCUCCAACUUACCUGGUUGGCGUAGAUAUUCUAAAAGCUGAUUCACAUUCAUACAAUCCCGUUUUAGUUCAGAAAAGUAGUAAAUGCUGGCAAAACUUUUUUAGCGUUUCUUUGACGUUACCAAAUUUGCUCCAAAAGGAUGCUUCUGCUGAUGGGCUAUUUCUACAUGAUGCUCGUAUAGAGGCCAAGGGAAGUUGGAAUAGACAGUCAUCAUAUUUUCAGAGUGGAAGCACUACAUUGAGUCAGCUGAAACAGGCUGAUGAGAACCAAGCUCUGGAAACAGCUCUAAUUAUUAUUAACCAGGAAAUGAACAGUCGAGAGGGCAUGAAAAGGGCUCUUCCUAUACUAUCACGUGCUAUAGAGAGUAAUCCAAAAUCUAUAGCUCUCUGGACCAUGUAUCUUCUUAUAUUCUAUAGCUAUACAACAAACGGAGGGAAGGAUGACAUGUUUUCUUAUGCGGUCAAGCAUAAUGAGCAAUCUUAUGAACUCUGGCUUUUGUACAUCAACAGUCACAUGAAUCUUGAUGCUCGAAUAGCUGCUUAUGAUGCUGCACUUUCUGCACUCUUCAACAAUAUAUUGACUCAAAUGGAUGAGAAACGUGCUAGUGCCCAUAUCUUGGACCUGAUUUUACAGAUGACAAAUUGUUUGUGUAUGUCUGGGAAUGUCGAGAAGGCUACUCAGAAGAUUUUUGGACUUCUUCGAGUUGCAAUGGAUUCUGACGAGCCUGGUUCUUUUAUGCAUUCUGAUAUGCUCACAUGCUUAAAUAUAUCUGACAAAUGUAUUUUCUGGGUUUGUGUUGUGUAUUUAGUUAUUUACAGGAAACUGCCUCAUGCUGUAGUGCAGCAGCUUGAAUGUGAGAAAGAACUGGUCGAGAUUGAAUGGCCUACCAUUCAUUUGACAGAUGGUGAGAAGCAGAGGGCUUCUACAGUGAUCAAGAAAGCAGUGGAUUUUGUCGAUUCAUGCUUGAACAAUGAAUCACUUGAAAGUCAAAGCUACCAGAAAUCUAUUCAAAUGUUUGCUGUCAAUCAUAUUAGGUGCUUGAUGGCAUUUGAGGACAUAGGUUUCAGUAGGAACUUAUUGGAUAAAUAUGUUAAACGCUAUCCAUCUUGCUUAGAACUUCUUUUGCUUAAUGUGUGGACAAAGAAACAUGAUUUUGGGGAAACGGUUGCAGCAUUUGAAGAAGUGAUCAGGAACUGGCCGAAAGAAGUACCUGGGGUUCAGUGCAUCUGGAAUCAAUAUGCUGAAUAUUUACUUCAGAAUGGGAGGAUCAAAUAUACAGAAGAACUAAUGGCGCGCUGGUUUGACUCUAGUUCAAAAAUAGGUUCUAGAACUAGAACAUUGGAUAAUAGUGAUUACAACUCCUUACACUUGCUAGAUUAUGCUUCAGGAUCAAUUGUACAUGCGUUAGAUUGCAGUCCCAGCGAGGUGGAUUUGGUGUUUUGGUAUCUUAAUCUUUCUGUUCAUAAAUUACUGCUGAAUGACCUAUUAGAAGCACGUUUGGCCUUUGACAAUGCUCUGAGGGCUGCUAGUUCUGGGACUUUUAAAUAUUGCAUGAGAGAGUAUGCUAUGUUUUUGCUCACUGAUGAAUCCUUACUGAAUGAAGCUGGUUCUGUCGGUGGAAUAAGGAGCAUUUUAGAGGGUUAUCUCAGUGAUGUACGAGCUUUCCCUGUCCCUGAGACAUUAUCAAGAAAAUUCAUUAACGAUAUCAAAAAGCCAAGAGUUCAGGUUCUCGUCAGUAACAUGUUGUCUCCACUUUCUCCGGAUGUUUCUCUGGUGAACUGUAUUCUUGAAGCCUGGUAUGGGCCCUCUCUUUUACCCCCAAAAUUUAGCAAACCAAAGGAAUUGGUGGAUUUUGUGGAAACUAUCUUAGAAAUGUUGCCUUCAAAUUAUCAGUUAGUACUCUGUGUCUGUAAGCAAUUAUGCAAUGGCAACAACUCUUCCCAAGUCACCUCUACCAGCCUCAUUUUCUGGGCCUGCUCAAAUUUGAUCAGUGCAAUUUUUUGUGCUGUUCCGAUACCACCAGAGUUCAUUUGGGUAGAAGCUACUAACAUUCUUGUCAAUGUGAAAGGUUUUGGUGCCAUAACUGAGAGGUUUCACAAGAGAGCCUUAUCGGUAUACCCAUUUUCUGUUCAGCUGUGGAAAUCAUACUACAACAAAUGUAAAGCUAAAGGAGAUACAAGCGCUGUUCUGCAGGCAGUAAAUGAAAGGGGAAUUGAACUCAGCUUGCCUUCUUUAUGACAGUUUUAUCUUCUUGGUAGGAUCAGUUAACAUACAGGAAAAUUAGGAUCAGUUUUAGUCAUGGAAGCUGCCUCAAUGUGUACAGAUAGUUUACAUUAUACGGUUUUGUCAUGCUAGGCACGGUAGUAUUGCCAGUUUUGCUAUGUCGUAGAGAGCUAGUUGCAGCAGCUAGGAAUUAGAAAAAUACUUGCACAGUGGAAAAAGGUUUGUCUGCAAAGUCAUUGAAACUUGAUUUAUUGAGGCUGUCAUCAGGUUUCUCAGCCA